AUGCAAAGUACUGUUGUGCGAUAUAGAGGUGAUUCUCCGGUGCGGGAUAGCGGUGAGACAGUGGACACUCGUGUGGAGGACGGCAAGUUGUUAUUCGAGCGGCGGUGGUUUCACCGCGGACAGAGCGUGUACGUUGAAGGGCGUGAUGUGCCGCGCUUCCCCGGACACAUACACGCCAUCACCGACGAGGCGAUAUGGGUAAAACGGCCCAACAUGGAGCGUUUUAGGAUAUACAUAUCUCAGUUAGCUCGAGGUAAAGUGACGUUGAAGAGACGUGCCUCAUAA